AGGAUAAGGAGUCAAACUCUCUAACCCUAGGCCACAACUUCCCCUACGACGUUAAACAGAACUUAAAAUUGCACAAAUAGAUUUCUGUAAAAGCAUAUUUCUCUUUUUACUCCAUCCCACCAUCACUUUUUUAAUAAGUAAAGGGGAAUUUAUCAUUAGCUGUUCACUGUCAACUGAAAAAAAGAGAACAUGCAAAGAGGUUUUAUGGGCUUCAACACAGACUGAAGAAAAUGACAGAGAAUACUUUUGGACAUCAAAAUGUGACCAGAUUCACAACAGACAAUUCUACCAUGCAGGCAGAGGACUUUUCGGGCAUUGAAGUCUUCAAAAUAUGCAUUUACUUGGCAAUCUCUGUCGUAGGUCUCAUUGGGAAUGGGCUUGUCAUAUUUGUGACCGGCUACAAAAUGAAGAUAACAGUCAACUCCAUUUGGUUCCUCAACUUGGCGAUUGCAGACUUCAUCUUCUCCUUAACUCUAUUCAUUAGAUUAAUUUUAGCCUUAUGCAAGCUGGCUUGUCACUUUGGUGACUUCAUGUGGAAGUUUCUCCUAUUUAUGAUUUACUUAAACAUAUUUGCCAGCAUUUUUCUGCUGACGACUAUCAGUCUGGAUCGAUGCCUGUGCACAUGGAUGGUUGUGUGGAGUCAGAACAAUCGAACCCUGUGCAAAGCUAGAAUCAUCAGUAAGAUUGUGUGGGUUUUAUCCAUCAGCUGCAGCAUCCCCGCAGUCAUCACUCACUCAACAGCAAUGCUUGAAGUAAAGUGUAAAAAUCCAACUUCUAUAAAAUCCUACAAGUCUUUGGUCACAUUUAGGUUCAUAGUGGGCUUCUUCAUCCCCUUCCUGAUCAUUGCAUCUUCAUAUAUAAGUAUCGGCAUGCGAGUCAAAAGCCUCAAAAAGAAGAUGCAGUUCAGGUCUUACCGGGUCAUUAUAGCUCUGGUCCUGGCCUUUUUUAUAUGCUGGCUUCCUUAUCAUAUCCACGAGUUUUAUGACAUAAGUGCAAAGGAGAAUCAGUGGAGUGAGCCUGCUAAGGAGGUUUUAUUAAAAACAGAAGCUGUAGUGCACUGCCUGGCUUUUCUAAACAGCUGUCUGAACCCCAUUCUCUACGUGUUCAUGUGCGAUGAGUAUAAGAAGAAGCUCAAACAGUCUCUGCUGCUAGUGCUGGAGACGGCCUUUGCUGAGGAUCAUCAGGACUUCAAAGUCUCAAACCAAACAAAAGACGUCGCUAUCUCUGUGCUUGCCACCUGACAUGAUGAAAUCAAGCCAUUAAAAUGAUCUAGGCAUUCAUGACUCUGCUUCCUUACCUUGACAGCCGCACUUUUAUGACUUAUACAAAUGAGUUUGAAUAAAAUAUACAGCCAUAAACUGCAUUAUACGAGUGUAAAAGUUGAAUCAAUGCUCAGUCUGUUCUAUUUUGGGAGAAAAUGUUUUGAAACUCUGCUUAAAUCUUGUUGGCUAUUUUAAUGCAACAUUAUUUCACGUAAUACAUUAUAUGGAAUAAUA